ACGUGAGACAGCUAUUGAUUGCCGUAGCCGUGCUUCAUAGGUUUAAUUGACCAAAAUGUGUGGAAAUUUGACCAUCCGACAUAAAGAUUUUGCUUUGGAUGUGAUGAAUAUUGGAUUUUUCUUUGUGAAAUAAUAAAUACAGAGACUAUUAUUUUGUAUAUAAAGAGAUGGGCAUGGAAGCAUGUUACCCAUCACCAAUUUCCUUGUCCUUUAUGCUCUUUCAUUUUUGAUAUUCAAGAAAAAUUAUAAAGAAGAAUGAAAGUCUUUUGGAACUUAACCAGUACCAUUUUUCUUACUCUUUCUAUACUUUUCUUAUUCGUUCACAAUUAUGAGGACGUGUCUGCGGUUCCAACUUCGCACUUGUGUCGUCUGGACCAAAGGGAUGCACUUCUCCAAUUCAAGACCGAGUUCGAGGUUCAAAACUCUCCCUAUGCUUAUGAUUAUUGUAUUAGCAAUGGUAUUAAGUCUCAUCGGAAGACAGAGUCAUGGGCGAAUAACAGCGAUUGUUGUACUUGGGAGGGUAUCACGUGCAGUGCCAAAUCAGGUGAAGUGAUUGAGCUAGACCUUAGUUGCAGCUACCUACGUGGCAAGUUUCAUUCCAAUAGCAGUCUUCAAAACCUUCAUUCUCUAACCACUCUAAACCUUUCACGUAAUGAUUUCAGUGGUCAAAUCUUGUCUUCAAACCAUAUCACCUCUCUCGACCUUUCACAAAAUCGUUUCAGCCAUUUCAAUCCUUCUUCGAUAGUAGACCUUUCUUAUCUCACCUUUCUCGAUCUUUCAAGUAAUAUCUUUUCUGGUCAGAUUCCAUCUUCCAUUGGAAAUCUUUCUCAUCUCAUGUAUUUUGACCUUUCUUCUAAUCAAUUUUCCGGUCGGAUUCCAUCUUCCAUUGGAAAUCUUUCUCGUCUCACCUAUCUUGACCUUUCUUCUAAUCAAUUUUCAGGUCAGAUUCCCUCUUCGAUUGGAAAUCUUUCCCGUCUCAUGUAUCUUGACCUUUCUUUUAGUGAUAUUUCGGGUCAGAUUCCAUUUUCGAUUGGAAACCUUUCUCAUCUCACUUAUCUUGACCUUUCUACUCCUCAAAUUUCGGGUAAGAUUCCCUCUUCGAUUGGAAACCUUUCUCAUCUCACUUAUCUUGACCUUUCUGAUACUCAAAUUUCGGGUCAGAUUCCAUCUUCCAUUGGAAACCUUUAUAACCUCACUUAUCUUGACCUUUCUAAGAAUGAUAUUGUUGGUGAAAUCCCAUCUUCUUUUGGCAACCUAAACCAGCUGACCAGCUUAGAUGUUAAUUACAAUAAGCUCAAUGGAAGCUUACCCAUUACACUAUUGAAUCUGACAAAGUUGUCAUAUUUUGCACUCUACCAGAAUCAGUUUACAGGAACAAUUCCUCCUAACAUCAGUUCACUAUCCAAAAUGAGGAUUUUUGAUGCAAGAAACAACGCUUUCAGUGGAACCCUGCCUUCUUCUCUCUUCACCAUUCCUUCUAUGGAUAGUGUUGAUUUGUCUGAUAACCAACUCAACGGUAUUCUUGAGCUUGGGAAUAUAUCUUCACCACCUAUGCUACGAAUGUUAGACCUUAACAAUAACAAAUUGAGAGGGCCAAUCCCGGCCAUGAUAUCCAAAUUUACCAACCUUGUCCGACUUCGCCUUUCCCCCUACAAUACACAAGGUCCAGUUGACUUUAGUCUCUUCUCACAUCUCAAGUCGCUCAAAGCACUUGACCUAUCCGAUUUGAACACGACGACUACCAUUGACUUGAAUAAUUUCUUGUCGUAUUUUAAGAGUCUCCGUCAGUUGGAUCUCUCAGGCAACCUUGUUUCAGCCACAAAAAAGAGUCCAGUUUCAGAUACCCCUUUGUUGUCUGACUUGUACUUGUCAGGCUGCGGUAUCACCGAGUUUCCGGAGUUUGCAAUUGGAAACCAAAGUAUGUCGAACCUAGACAUUUCCAACAAUAAAAUCAAAGGCCACGUGCCUAGCUGGCUUUGGACACUACCAUACCUGAAUCUUUCCAACAACUCUUUCACCGGCUUCGAGAACUCCACGAAACAUGGGCUAGAAUUACCGGGAAUAAUUAUCAUGCUUGCGUCAAACAAUUUUACUGGAAAUAUUCCCUCUCUCAUGUGUGAUUUUAGGUCUGCAACCAUUCUUGAUUUAUCAAACAACAACUUCAGUGGUUUGUUCCCUCGUUGUCUGGAAAAUCUCAACGGUUCUCUUUUAUAUCUAAACCUUCGUCAAAAUCGUCUGCAUGGAGAUCUUCCAAAUAUUAUAUUUCAAAGAUUAAUAAUGCUUGACGUCGGACAUAACCAACUGACGGGGAAGCUUCCAAGAUCUUUAAUCCAUUUCUCUAAUCUUGAAGUUUUGAACGUGGAAAGCAACAUCAUCAAUGAUACGUAUCCGUUAUGGUUGAGUUCUCUACCAGACCUCAAAGUUCUUGUAAUACGCUCCAAUGCGUUCCAUGGACCGAUACAUCAAACUUUGUUCCCUAUGUUGCAAAUCAUCGACAUAUCGCAUAAUCACUUCAAUGGAACUUUGCCAUCAGACUACUUCGAGAGGUGGAGUGCUAUGUCAUCACUUGGGACAAUUUAUGAUCAGCGGUUUGACGACAUGUACAUGGGAGAUUCCUAUUACUAUUAUUCAGUGGUGUUGAUGAAUAAAGGUUUAGAAAUGGAGCUAGUACGUAUCCUGAAUAUCUACACAGCACUCGAUAUUUCAGGAAACAAAUUUGAAGGAGAGAUCCCACGGUCCAUCGGUCUGUUGAAAGAGUUAAAGGUGCUCAACUUGUCGAACAAUGCUUUCACAGGCCACAUCCCUUCAUCUAUGGGAAACCUCACGGCUCUUGAGUCUUUGGACGUUUCCCAAAACCAGCUUUCAGGAGAAAUUCCGCAAGAGCUAGGGAGCCUCUCAUUCCUUUCCUACAUGAACUUCUCUCACAACCAGCUUACAGGUCUAGUACCAGGCGGCACUCAGUUUCGAAGGCUGAACUGCACUUCUUUUGAGGACAAUCCGGGACUUUUUGGCCCUUCUCUUGACGAAGUUUGCAGAGAUAUUCACGCGCCAACACCACAUGAAACACCUGAAUCAAAGGAAGUAGAAGCAGAAGAAGAGGAAGAGGUGUUGAGUUGGAUAGCAGCUGUAAUAGGGGUCAUACCUGGUAUUGCUUUUGGAUGGGUGCUUGGAUACAUACUUGUUUCCUACAGACCAGAGUGGUUCAUGAACCCUUUUGUCCGAAACAAACGCAGACGCCGCACCACCACAGCUCAUUAAAGAGGUCUUUUAUAGCCUACCUGAGGAAUCUAAAGAUGAAAUCCAAAGCAGCCACUAUGUAUAUCCAUAUCAAUUAGGAUUUGGUGUAUCAUCUCUGGUUUAGCUUGAUGUUUUCUCAUUACUCUGUUUUUUUACCUUUUUCUUUUUUAGCAAACUUCUUUGUUCCUUUGGUACUUUUUAGCUUGGUGUGUCUUUUCUCUA